GAUUGAACAAGUUUCUUGUGCGUAUCAAGCGGCUCUGGCUGUUCGAGUGGACCUGGCCCGAAACGAUCCGGAGUCGUCGCUAAGUUUAGUUUGAGCUUAGAACUUGGCGCGACGUGUUGAUCAAAUCGCUGAAAUGUGCUAGAGCAAUACGAAAUCAGCCGAAUCGAAUAAAAUCUAAAGAGCUUAGAGGAAUUUAGCAAGUGUUAUAGAAUGGCUAAGCCAAGGUCGUCGGGAGAUGCAGCGGGAAAUGGAAAUGGCAACGGAUUGGAUCCGGAGCCCAAGCAGAACUACUUCCAGAAACUAUGGCGCUACCGCCACUAUCUGGUCAUCGAGCCCUUCUUCUUUUUCUACUUCAUGGCCUCCGUGUUCAAUGCGGUGGCCAUGCAGAAUUUCCCACUGGACAAAGCCUGUCGUGUGAAUCUGGGAUACAAUAAGGUGGUCUGCGACACGAUGCUGGAUAAAUCGGAACUGGGAAUCGAGUGCGAUGAUUUCGAUUUCGAGAACACCACGCAGGGUGCAACUCCAGAUCUUGCUGGUUUGGUGAUCGGAGCCACUGGAUUUAACUACACCGUUUGCAAGGCGGAACUGGAGGCGCAGAUCCUGGCGGCAGAUGUCUCCGGAAAACGUGCUCCGAUGGCUGCCAUUUUUCCCCUGAUUGUCCUGCUUUUCGCCGGAGGAUGGGCAGAUCGAUACAACAAAAGAAAGCCUUGCAUGAUAAUGCCAAUUGUCGGAGAGGCAUUAUCCUUCACUUGUCAGAUUAUAUCCUCUAUUUUCUUUGAAUCCUUGCCCAUGGAGUUCGGUGCUUAUUGCGAGGCGAUUGUUCCUGCUCUUUUUGGAGGAUUAACUUUCUGUCUGAUGGCAAUCUAUAGUUAUAUCACCAUCGCCACUCCCGAAGAGGAUCGUGUUUUCCGCUUUGGCAUCUUUGCUAUGUUUGUCACAGGGGUUCCAUUCAUAGGUCAACCUAUAAGUGGAUUGCUUUUUACCACAUUGGGUUAUACAUGGUCCUUUGCUUCAGCUAUUGUUUUCCAGCUGAUUGCGAUCUUUUAUAUUAUUUUCUUUAUAAAAGAGGUUAAGAGCACUCCGACUUCUCCUCAGCCAAAUGAGCCACCACCACUGCCCACCUCCCUGCCUCCCAAACAGGGAACCGACAACAUGGCCUACGAGACCACCAAUGUGGAUGAGCAUCAGGGAAACAAGAACGUCAACUUCCAGUUGACUCCGCACAUGGAGCCCAAAGUGGAGGUGGUUCCCCCGAAACGCUCCCUCUGCAAGGAACUCUUUGAUCCCACCUUGGUGCUGGAUUGCAUCCGUUUCCCGCUGAUCAAGCGACCCAACAACGGACGUAUGCUCCUGAUCCUCCUGCUGUGCGCUUACUUCCUGACCGUGGGUCCCACUUCCGGCGAGAACGACUACUGGUACCGAUUCACCCUGAAGAAGCUCGCCUGGAAUGGAAACGACUUCAGUAUCUACCUGACGUUGUCCAGUGGAGCAGCUUUGGUGGGCACCUUCAUUGGCACCGCCAUUCUGAGCAAGUUGCUCAAGGUUUCUGAUUCCAUGAUUGGCAUGCUCUCCGCUUUAUCCAUUGUCUGCUCUCGUGUUCUGUUUGCCUUCUCCAACAGCACUACCUCAUUUUACGUGGCUGGAGUUGUGGACAUGUUUGUCAGUUUGCGAGUGAUUGCCAUCAAGACCAUUGGUUCAAGCAUUGUAGCUGGCGAUGAACUGAGUAAAAUGUACUCCAUCUUCGGCAUCAGUGAACCCAUAGCCCAGUUUAUAUUCCCGCCAAUCUUCAGUGAGAUUUACAAAAGCACAGUGGAUUCAUUCCCAGGAGCCAUUUGGCUGUUUGGAGAAAUCUUUUACAUUCCCAACGUUUUGGUCUUUGUUGUAUGCUAUUUCCUGCUGCGGCGCCGAAAGAAAAAUGACCAAAAAAGUGCCGUGGAAUUAGAGCAAAAUGGAGCCAAUGGUGCUAAUGGUGCGAAUGUGCCCGAUAGCGAAAUAACUAGUCUAUAAAGUAAUUAAUGCCAGUCAGUGUUGUAUAUGUUUUUUAUUUAAAAUAUAAAUUGUAUAUUU